CCAGCCGCGGGCCUCCCAGGGCUCGAGCCCGGCGGCGGCCGCCGCGAUGGCCCUCAAAAUGGUCAAGGGCAGCAUCGACCGCAUGUUCGACAAGAACCUGCAGGACCUGGUGCGCGGCAUCCGCAACCACAAGGAGGACGAGGCAAAAUAUAUCUCUCAGUGCAUUGAUGAAAUCAAGCAGGAGCUGAAGCAGGACAACAUCGCAGUGAAAGCGAACGCUGUCUGCAAGCUGACCUACCUGCAGAUGCUGGGAUAUGACAUCAGCUGGGCCGCCUUCAACAUCAUAGAAGUGAUGAGCGCCUCCAAGUUCACCUUCAAGCGAAUCGGCUACCUCGCGGCUUCCCAGUGCUUUCACGAAGGGACCGACGUCAUCAUGCUGACGACAAACCAGAUCCGCAAGGACCUGAGCAGCCCCAGCCAGUACGACACUGGCGCUGCGCUGACCGGCCUGUCCUGUUUUGUUACCCCAGACCUUGCCAGAGACUUGGCCAACGACAUCAUGACACUGAUGUCGCACACCAAGCCGUACAUCCGGAAGAAGGCCGUGCUGAUCAUGUACAAGGUGUUCCUGAAGUACCCUGAGUCGCUGCGCCCUGCCUUCCCCCGCCUGAAGGAGAAGCUGGAGGACCCCGAUCCUGGGGUCCAGUCCGCAGCGGUCAAUGUCAUCUGCGAGCUGGCCAGGCGCAACCCCAAAAACUACCUUUCGCUCGCCCCGCUGUUUUUCAAGCUGAUGACCUCCUCGACCAACAACUGGGUCCUCAUUAAAAUCAUCAAACUGUUUGGUGCUCUGACUCCUCUGGAGCCGAGGUUGGGCAAGAAGCUGAUUGAGCCUCUCACCAACCUGAUCCACAGCACGUCUGCCAUGUCCCUGCUCUACGAGUGUGUGAACACCGUCAUCGCAGUUCUCAUCUCCCUGUCCUCCGGCAUGCCUAACCACAGUGCCAGUAUUCAGCUCUGUGUUCAGAAGUUAAGGAUAUUAAUAGAAGACUCCGAUCAGAACUUGAAGUACCUGGGGCUGCUGGCCAUGUCCAAGAUCCUGAGAACGCACCCGAAGUCCGUGCAGGCCCACAAGGACCUCGUCCUGCAGUGUCUGGACGACAAGGAUGAGUCCAUCCGGCUGCGGGCCCUCGACCUCCUGUAUGGAAUGGUGUCCAAGAAGAAUCUAAUGGAGAUCGUCAAGAGGCUGAUGACCCACGUGGACAAGGCCGAGGGCACAACCUACCGCGACGAGCUGCUCACCAAGAUCAUCGACAUCUGCAGCCAGUCCAACUACCAGCACAUCACCAACUUCGAGUGGUACAUCAGCAUCCUGGUGGAGCUGACUCGGCUGGAGGGCACGCGCCACGGCCACCUCAUCGCCGCACAGAUGCUGGAUGUGGCCAUCCGCGUCAAGGCCAUCCGCGGGUUCGCCGUGGCACAGAUGUCUGCACUGCUUGACAGCGCCCACCUGGUGGCCAGUGGCACCCAGCGCAACGGGAUCUGCGAAGUGCUCUACGCGGCCGCCUGGAUCUGCGGCGAGUUCUCCGAGCACCUGCAGGAACCUCACCAGACCCUCGAGGCCAUGCUGCGGCCCAAGGUCACCACGCUGCCCGGCCACAUCCAGGCCGUGUACGUGCAGAAUGUGGUCAAGCUGUACGCGUCCAUCCUGCAGCAGAAGGAGCAGGCUGCGGAGACAGAGGCGGCCCAGGAGGUCACCCAGCUCAUGGUGGAGCGGCUGCCCCAGUUUGUGCAGAGCGCGGACCUGGAGGUCCAGGAGCGGGCUUCCUGCAUCCUGCAGCUGGUCAAGCACGUCCAGAAGCUUCAGGCCAAGGACGUGCCGGUGGCGGAAGAAGUGAGUGCUCUCUUUGCCGGGGAGCUGAACCCAGUGGCUCCCAAGGCACAGAAGAAGGUUCCGGUUCCCGAAGGCCUGGACCUGGACGCCUGGAUCAACGAGCCGCUCUCAGACAGCGAGUCUGAGGACGAGAAGCCCAAGGCCAUCUUCCACGACGAGGAGCAGCGGCACGCCAAGCAGCGGCAGCCCGAGGCGGACGAGGAGGAGCUGGCCCGGCGUCGAGAAGCUCGGAAGCAGGAACAGGCCAACAACCCGUUCUACAUCAAAAGUUCCCCAUCCCCCCAAAAGCGGUACCAGGAUGCACCGGGCGUGGAGCACAUACCCGUGGUGCAGAUCGACCUCUCUGUGCCCUUGAAGGUGCCAGGGAUGCCUAUGUCGGACCAGUAUGUGAAGCUGGAGGAGGAGCGGCGGCACCGGCAGAGGCUGGAGAGGGACAAGAGAAAGAAGAAAAAAAAGGAAAAGAAGGGCAGGCCGCGGCGCCACAGCUCGCUGCACACGGAGAGCGACGAAGACAUCGCCCCGGCCCAGCAGGUGGACAUCGUCACCGAGGAGAUGCCCGAGAACGCUCUGCCCAGCGACGAGGACGACAAGGACCCCAAUGACCCCUACAGGGCUCUGGACAUCGACUUGGAUAAGCCCCUAGCUGACAGCGAGAAGCUGCCCGUCCAGAAACACCGGGACGCCGAGCCCUCCAAGUCCCCUGAGAAGGAGACCGUCCCCGUGGUGGAAAAGAAGAGUAAGAAGCCUAAGAAGAAGGAGAAGAAGCACAAAGAGAAGGGCCGGGAGAGAGAGAGGAAGGAGAGGAAGAAGGAGAAGGGCGAGGACCUAGAUUUCUGGCUGUCCACCACACCACCGCCUGCCGCUGCUCCUGCCCCAGCCCCGUCCACGGAGGAGCCCGAGGUGAACGCCGUCAUCCCUGCCCCUAAGGAGGAGUGUGAGGAGCCUAAGAGGAAAGAGCAAGACGAGGAGGAGGAGGAGCGGGACUCCGAGAAGAAACCUUCCAAGCAUCAGAAGAAGAAGCACCGGAAGGAGCGGGAGGACAGGUGCACAGACAGGAAGAAAUCCAGGAAGCAGCAGCCGGCGAGCAGCGGGGCGGCGGAGCCCGUGGAGAACGGCUCGCUGGAUGAGGAGCCCCUCCCGCCCAUGUCCAGCUACUGUCUCCUGGCUGAAAAUUCCUACAUCAAGAUGACGUAUGAGGUCCAGGGCAGCCUGCAGGAGGACAGCCGCGUUACCGUGUCCGUCGUCCUGGAGAACCGGAGCAGCAGCUUCCUGAAGAACAUGGAGCUCAACGUGCUGGACUCGCUCAAUGCCAAGCUGGCCCGGCCGGAGGGCUCCUCCGUCCACGACGGCGUCCCCGUGCCUUUCCAGCUGCCCCCAGGCAUCUCCAACGAAGCCCAGUUUGUGUUCACCAUUCAGAGCAUUGUCAUGGCCCAGAAGCUCAAGGGGACCCUCACCUUCAUCGCCAAGAACGACGAGGGCUCCACCCACGAGAAGCUUGACUUCAAGUUACACUUCAGCUGCACCUCGUACUUGAUCACCACGCCGUGCUACAGUGAUGCCUUUGCCAAGUUGCUGGAAUCUGGGGAUCUGAGCAUGAGCUCAGUCAAAGUCGAUGGCAUUAGUAUGUCCUUCCAGAACCUUCUGGCAAAGAUCUGUUUUCAUCACCAUUUUUCCGUUGUGGAGCGAGUGAACUCCUGCGCCUCCAUGUACAGCCGCUCCAUCCAGGGCCACCACGUCUGCCUCCUCGUGAAGAAGGGUGAGAAGUCAGUGUCGGUGGAUGGGAAAUGCAACGAUGCAACACUGCUGAGCAACUUGUUGGAGGAAAUGAGAGCCACGCUGGCUACGUGCUGAGUGCCACCCUCGGCCCCGCCAUGGAGGACAUGUGAGGGAGAGCCAACUCCAAGCGAUAGGUUUCUCUCUGUCGCAUGGAC